CGAUUCAUCAUCAGUGUCAUUUAAACAUUUUACCCGUAAUUUAUUUUAUUGUAUCCGUUUCAUACAUACCUACAUCAACAUGAGCGUACGACUGUUGAUAUUAGGAGUCCUGUUACUUCAUUAUGUUUCAAGUGAAAAUGAUCAAAGCACAAAGCCGUCUGUGGAGCUGACGGGGAAUUUAAUAGACCGCUCUUCCCGUGUUCAUGACAAAUCUCCAAACUUCCAAGGAUUUUGGAAAAAGAAGUUUAUAUGGAGACCCCGCUGGGUGAAGACAUGGCAGGAGAAAAAAAUUUAUAUUGCCGUCUGGAAGCGAAUGUGGGGACCGGCAGAAAUAAAGGAGUGGGUGCCCGUGGCUAAGCCACCACCAGGCUGGAUAAAAAAUGGUAACGGUGGGCACUUUAUUAAGGUUGGUCUACCGCAUUAGUUUAGAAGAAGGAAUGUUUUUGUGUUCAAUAUAUUUUGGGUUUGAUUGCAAGCGUAUUUUUUAGAUUAGAUUUGCAAUUAAUGUUUGUGGUUAUUAAUUUAUGUUGUUUAUUUAUUACUUAAUAUUAUUAACAAUGUCGUUAUCGUAUAUAUAUAAAUUAGAGAAACUUGUUUGUGAUGUGUGCGUAAGAAUAAACAUUCAAUGUAUAUUGAUAUUCAUAUAUUUGUACAAUUAAAACAUCUCAAGUAAUAAUAUUUAUAGCAUAAUUUUUAUGUCUUGAAAAGAUAAAGUUCGCAGAUGUAUAUGAUAGAAAAAAAAUCCUCUUUGAUACGAAAAUCUUGCUGUGAUAUCCAAAGCAUCCAUUGUAGUCACUAAUACGAUUACAAAAAGAUGACAAUACUUCGGAUUUAUAUGAAAAUAUAGAACUGUUUAGCAUCGCAGUAUACCAUUGUUAUGCUAUACGAGUAUAAAGCUUUUUGAACAAUGAUACGUGCAUUUGUAGUAAGGCUUCGAAUAUUAUUUCGUUUCUUCAAGUUCAAUAUGAUGAAUAUAGGAAAAUAUUUGCAUAAUAAAAAAUUUCAGUGCCUUUACUGUCAAUAACGUCAUUAAAGAGGUUUCCGUUUAUUCUCUACAUAUGUUGGAACACCCUUUGUUAUACGAAAUAUUCAUGGUGUUUGAAAAUUUAUGGCAAAGUUGUAUUAAAUAUCGAAAAUUUUUAUCAAUUUUCAAGUUAUUAAAAAAAUAUUUGCAUAUCGUAUUUAGAAAAUGGAUGAUUGAAUUUCAAAUGUACUCAUAUGUAAAUAAAAUAUUUUUUUGUUAUUCGUACUGCCCGAAUCAUCCAACGAGUGUUGCUAUAGCGAAUUUUUAAUUUAUUUAAUAAUAUACGUUAUAAUAAAUUUAAA